AUUUCACAUCUGUUAAUGCUUUUGUUUCAGGAUCGGUCACGGAUACUAUUGCGGUUUGCCGAUUUGGUAGAGAAACAUAGUGAGGAGCUCGCUGCUUUGGAGACAUGGAAUAAUGGAAAGCCUCAUGAGCAGUCUGCUAAAUCUGAAUUGCCAUUGCUAGUUCGCCUUUUUCACUACUAUGCCGGUUGGGCGGAUAAGAUCCAUGGGCUAACGGUUCCGGCUGAUGGACCUCAUCAUGUUCAGACAUUGCAUGAGCCAAUAGGUGUUGCGGGACAGAUCAUUCCAUGGAACUUUCCCCUUAUCAUGUUUGCUUGGAAGGUUGGGCCUGCAUUGGCAUGUGGCAAUACCAUAGUAUUAAAGACUGCCGAGCAAACUCCUUUGACUGCUCUCUAUGUGGCUAAACUGUUCCAUGAGGCUGGUCUUCCUCCGGGUGUUCUGAAUGUAGUUUCUGGCUAUGGUCCAACAGCCGGUGCUCCUCUUGCCAGCCACAUGGAUGUAGACAAGGUUGCAUUCACAGGAUCAACUGAGACUGGUAAGGUUGUGCUUGAAUUGGCUGCAAGAAGCAAUCUUAAGCCAGUGACGUUAGAGCUCGGAGGGAAAUCACCUUUCAUUGUAUGCGAAGAUGCUGAUGUUGAUAAAGCUGUGGAGCUUGCUCAUUUUGCUUUGUUCUUUAAUCAGGGGCAAUGUUGCUGCGCUGGGUCUCGCACUUAUGUUCAUGAAUGUGUAUAUGAGGAGUUCCUAGAGAAAGCAAAGGCACGUGCACUGAGACGUGUCGUCGGCGACCCCUUCAAGAAGGGUGUCGAGCAAGGUCCUCAGUUCGAGAAAGUUCUAAGGUAUAUAAGAGCAGGAAAGGAAAGUAAGGCAACCCUUGAAUGUGGAGGUGACAGAUUGGGAAAUAAAGGAUGCUUCAUCCAGCCAACUGUUUUCUCAAAUGUUACGGAUGAUAUGCUGAUAGGACAGGAUGAAAUCUUCGGUCCAGUGCAAUCUAUCCUUAAGUUCAAGCAAGUAUCGAUCGACCUCGGUUGUAGAUAGAUGGAAUAACCUGAGUUCAUACUGAAUCAUGUU